AGUGGCCGGGAUCCCUGUUUCUCGUGGGCACCGGAAUUUUGAAAAAUUUUUAAUAACACUCUAAAAAAGAACACGAGGUUUACGAAAAACCUUACAAUUUUCUCUGUUCACGAACAAAGAUUUUACGAAUACAAAAUGGCCUAGUGACGUAACCGAAGAACGCUUUUUUUGUUAUGAGGAUCACAUUCGAGUGAUUUUCCUUCUAAAACAUUCAGACAACAAUGCACUGUCUGAUUGUAGUAAUACCACUUGGAAUACUUUAAAUAAGUUAUAUAUUUCUGACAACAAACAAAUGUGUGACCAGCAUUUGCAGGUAAUGUCUGUCAAGACUGACAAGACAAAAUGCGAUUGCGCGCGAGACGCCAUUGAACUUUCGUUACAUUUGUUUUGUGGCGGCAAAUUUGUCAAAAUUUAAAUAAUCGAUAAACUUGAAUAUGCGUAAACUUUCCUAUUGAAGCUUUGUCUUAUUUUCUCAGUUAUUCAACGACCUAUUACUUCUUCAAAAGUAUAUACCAUGAAAAUAUUAUCAAAAAACCCUAAGGGCUGCGAACAUCAAAAUCAACAAUGUACGAAAUUGUCAAAAACUUCCAGUAAUUAUAUAAGGCAAGACUUUUUCAAUAAAUUCGAUUAUAUUUUUCUUACUAUACUGGCUAUCAUACUGUUACUGUACAUACUGUCAAAUUUCGAAGAAUUCUCUUGGCAACUAUCGUCCUUUGGAAGAAUAAUACUUAUAAAAAUACUUCCUUAUUUUGAUUGGCGUCCAUAUAAAAAUAAACGUUGUUUAAUAGAGCACUUCUUCACAGAAACUGAAACCUUAUCCAAUAAAUUAAACUGUAACGUAUGUGAAGAUCUAGUUGGUAUAGAUGUACAUGAGAUUCUUGAAGAAGACAUCUUAGAAGAGCGGUAUAUUAAGCUUGACAAUCCAGUAAUAAUUACAAAAAGUUUGAAGAAUUGGCCGAAAGACUCCAGGUUUAUGAAUGACUUAAUACAACACGAAUCUUCUAAAUUAUAUCCUUGUAAUUUAUCAACUAAUAUUCAUAAAGGCUUGGACAAUUUAGAAACAGUCUUAUCUAAGUUGAAAUAUUUUAAUGAAUUCUAUAUUCACUAUCAAAAUUGCGAAUCUGAAGCUAUGCGAACGUUAAGGCAGUAUACGUUUACACCUGAAGUACUACCAUCGAUAUUUUCUCCGACUUUAUACAAUUGGAUGAUAUGGAAUGAUAACUAUAAUGCAACGAAUUAUAAGCAAAUCGAACUUAUGGAAAAAGUAACCGUUGUUGGACAAUUAUUUGGAUCGACGAAUAUUAGGCUUAUUCCUAGGAAGAACUGUGCAAAAUCUUGUCCAUUUUUCGAUAUAAUACUUCGAGAACGUGAAUUAUUGAUUUUUACUAGUUUAUGGGACUUGGAGUAUAGGCCAGCUGAUAAAGGUGAAAAUAUGGCUGUUAUUAUAGAAUAUUCGGAUUAAUUCACUAAAGUAUUGAGGUAAAGCGAAGGAUUCUUACUUUUAGUUUUGUUUGAAAUGAAUGAUAAGUGAAUAUUUUGUGAAGGAAAAAUUCUUAAGUAACGAAAUUAUUGCUUUUCGAAACACAAAUAUUUUAUAAGUAUAUAUUAUGCUGAAGUAUAAAUUGUACAUGAAAAUACAUUAAUAUAUAAAGAAAAACAGAGUUGGGAAAAAUAAUGAUGUGAAAAACGUAAACUCUACGGUUACUACCUAAUAACUGCCAAGUGAGACACAAACAGUUACUAAACGGUGUGGCAUAGCAAAAGCGAGUGUGUACAACAAGAGGGAUUAAAAACUAAGCUUUCUCGGCCAAAGCUCUACGGUAAAGACUGUGCAUUUCCGGUAACAUCUUCUUAAAGUAUUUUCCUACUCGGUUGGCUAUUACUUGACCACCACUGAGAUGUGAAUACUCAGCGUUCCCAAUGGCACUUUCGCGACUCCUACUGGAGUUUGAAUACCCAGUACCUCUAGUACCAGUUUCCUUACCCUCGAUAUAAUCGGUCGGCUGAAGGCACUAACACGACCACCAUUGAGAUGGUAAUACUCAGCGCCCUCAGUGGCAGUUUCCUUAACCCACGAAACAUAAACCUGGCCGAUUGAGCAAUUCCAUAAAUAUAAUAAACACAAACUCACCUCGGAUUUUAAGCUGAGCGGUUCGGUGUGGUUUUCGGCGAUUGUUGCAGACACUAUUACUGACCUACCUCUCACAAUUCAGUGAGUUAUAUCGGCUUAUUUGGUUGAGGACCGUGGAACGGCUUCCUUUCUACACACACACGUGUGCAUUUCUCUAGAAAUCCUUUCCCGUAUAAAUCCUCGGAUGGGUAUGAAGAAGAACAUUCCACCACCUCCUUUCAUUUCGACAGGUUUUCCUCCUCAUUAGCGUGACAGUUUCACGCGUAGACUCCUUCUUCUUCCCUGAGUUCCACUUUCAUUCUUUUGUUGCUAUCUUUCCUCUGCACUAGCUGCUUCCGUAUAACUGUCCACAUAAGUGGGGACUUUAAUAUUAUUGGAGGUAGCCUUCUCUUCGGUUUUGCCUGUUUCUUCUCUUCCUCUCUCCUCAUUUUUUCGAGUUCUUCUUGUAUAUGUUUAUAAGCAGUGUCUCCUUCUUCAGAGGUUUUCCUAUCCGUUUUUUUCUCUUCUCGUUGUUAAAGCUCAAAAUCCGUGAUGGAUACUAUUCUUCAAGUUGUCAGUUAGAUUACUGGUCGUUCUCCAAUAAUUCACAGACAACUCAAGUCAUUUUUAUUAGAAAGGAAAGGGUAUAUUAGCAUUAGAGUGCCUUCUACAUUUGUGUUUGAAAUUAGGUCAUUUUUGUUGCAUGAAAAUCAAGCUCAAGGUAACUCAAGGUAACUUACAAAAUGAUUUAUCACCUAACUAUUGAAAUGUUCACUUUUUAAAUUCACCUUUGUCACUAAAAAAAGGUUGUCAGAAGAAUCACAAAUAAAUGUUCUCUGUCGAGCACUUUUGACUUCUUCGGUAUAUAUCCUUCUUCUUUCCUCUCGACGUAUUGAAUUUUCUAAUAUCUAUGCUAUUUUUCAAAUUCUCAAAUUCAGUGUCAAUUUAAGCAUUGAGUAUUUUGGCCAUAAAAUUGUAAUUAGGCCGUUCUUAGAUAUCGGAGAAAUAUGCCAUCAAAACUGUCUCUGAAUAAUGUUUUACUUGUUACUAUUACACGGGGGUAUAUAUUUGGCAUACGUUUUUUCAUACAGAUUUCUGCUCUGUUCCAGUAUUAAACUUAAUGAUGUUGAAUUAGCAGUUUUUGCCAGUUCCGACAGAGUUAAUUCAACACUAAUCACAACCAAAUUUCACAAUUAUAAACAAAAGCGUUUUAGCUUGACGGGUUAUAGUUUCCGAAAAGUCCUAUUCUUUGAAAGAAAAUUAUUAUGGAAAAUUUAUCAAACACACAAGAAUAGAAAGAUAUAGGAAUUUGUCAGAGUACAAAGACCACGAUGGGAGGAGGAAUAUAUUAUUAUUUAGUGCGAAUGGAUGGACAGAGAAUGGUACGCAAUUGGAAGAGUGCAGCUUUGGAGAGGAACAAUUGAAAAAGAAAACUUAGGGAGGAUAGACCUACAUUGUGCUGUAACUGUAAAUUAGAAGAAGAAAAUGCAGCAUGGAGCAACUGUAUAUGUUUUUGUUUUAUAUUAAGAUAUUACCCCAUAGACUCUUACAGAUAGAUGAUUCAAGAUAUUACCACUUGUUAUAAAACUUUUAAUACAACGAUACGACGUCAAUAAUGAACGUCUUAAUCAAGACUAUGUGGAAUGUUGAUAUGAGCUUAAUAUAUCACAUAUUUAUUUGUCAGAAAAAAAUGAUGACAAUGGUUCAAGAAUUGAACGAAGAUGAUCCAGGUCGAAAUUAACAGUGGUCAAAUAAUAACGCAAUUUAUUUUACAACAUUCACUUCAAAUGAAAUACGUUUACGUUGCAUCAACAGGCAUAAUAGUCGUAAUUGGAUGGAUAUCAACCAGUUUCAAAGAACAUCAUAAACCAAAUGACCCAAUGUUUAGAUAGAAAUCAAAUAUUGUGCAAGCAAUUUUUUUUAUUCUCGUUUUCCUGAAUAAUGAAUAGAUCGUAGAGGCUCUAGUGUAUGUCCAUUUAGGUUGGUCUAGGUUGGUCUAUUUAACUACUAUAGUUCUGUAGGGCCACUGAAAGUUUAAUAAUCUCUUCAAGACCUGUAACAAAGAAUCGUGACAAAACGCCGUUUGAAUAAACCAAAAAUAUUUGUUUUCUUGAUUUGAUUUGAGACCAGACCAUAACAUAUUAUCAUGGAAGUUAGAGGUGCAGUCUUCGCUCAGUACAUUCGAUAAUUAUAAUUUUUUUUCAUUUGAGAAUUGUUCAAAAUAAAAAUUUAAACGGAGUAGCCUAGACAAUUGAAGCAUUUUCAAAAUGAUGCGUUCUUAACAUCUAUCGCACUUUAAGGUUUUUCAAGUGGUGGUUCUAGGUAUAGGUAAAACAUAACUUGUUUUUGGCAUUUAUGUUCAAAUAGUAAAAUUCGAGAUACUGGGUGUGGCUAUGCAAGUUCAACUUAGAAUAAGAGAUUUUGAGAAGACUUUGAGACUAUGUAUUAUAUAUAUGUGUACGUGUAUAUAUAUUUUGUUAUUGUAUUAAUGCAUAAAUAUAGAAACAAUACCGACAA